GUUUCCGUCGGCAAACGCUGAUUGGCGGCAUUCUGACGCUUAGCUCCACCGUUGAUGAUUGUUGGCGCACCGAUUGCACGGCUUGGCUUUCCAGUACAAUUUGCGAUAUAAAUAUUCUUAACAGCUGAAUUUAAACAAUAUCAAUUGAAUUUUACGCUCACUUCCUUCAUUCACAACUUUACAUGAUGCUUGCAAAAUUAAUUUGUGUCAGCUUGUAAAUUAAUUUUCCACACAUUUUUUUUCGUCUUCUUCUUCUAGAACUGCUGGUACAGUUGGUGCUGUUGUGACUUGUCCUUUGGAAGUGGUUAAAACACGCCAACAGAGUUCAACUUCUUUUAUCGCGCCGACACGUCUUGAACCGGCAAGCUCCACAAAUGGCUCCAGCGAAUUGUUACGACCCGAACAGCGACGUAAAUUGAGCACGACAAUUUUGCGUAAGAGGUCACAGCCACAGGUGAUUGGGGGUGUGCGUAGGAUAAUGGCUAUCUCACAUUGCGGCAUCUCAUCCACCUCCACAAAAUCAAUGAGCAUGGUGCAAUGUUUAAGACACAUAGUACAAAAUGAAGGCCCACGCGCUUUAUUCAAAGGUCUGGGACCGAAUCUUAUUGGUGUGGCACCUUCACGAGCGAUAUAUUUUUGCACCUACUCACAAACAAAGAAUUUUUUAAAUAGUGUAAGGUAAGUAAAUGCUUGAUUAAAAAUAAUUAGAUAAAAGUCCACGAAAGAAUAAAUAUACGGUGUCAUAUAAAUUCGCAUUUUACGCUUAAAGGCGAGUAGAGAGUAAAAUUUUGUAAACGAAAUUUUUUCUUUUAGAACUGAAGAAGUUACGAAAAAUUAAAGUACCUUAUCUCACCCUCAAAAAUAAGAAUAAAGUGCUGAGCUUUUCUACACCCUAUAAAAAAUCCCACGAUUUGCACCGUUUUUCGAAGGGUGUGAAGAAACAAGAAUCGUUUUAGUUUCAUUGGAAAAUUAAAUUUUGUACAAAAAAAGAAGCACGCC